AGAUCAAGUGUGCUCCCUCCCCCCUCCGCCGCCGCCAUGGGGAAGAACCACUGCUCGAGGCGGGGCAGCGCCUUCGCGCUCCCCAGGAAGACCGUCCGGAAGCCGCCGCAGAAGCCCCGGCCGCAGCCCCCAGCGCUGCUUCGCCCCCCCGACCCGGCCCCGCCCAAGGCCCCGGAGCCGGAGAGGCCCCCAGGCCCCAGCAAGAAGGAGAAGAAGCGGCUGGCGGCGCGAAAGCACCUCCUCAGCGCCGGGAAGCUCGAGCAGACCGAGCUCGGGGUCAAGCAGCUGAUGAAGACUGGCGCCCCCGUCAUGAGGACGCUGCUCGACUGCCAGGACGAAGCAGAGCUCAGAGAUCGUUUCCACAGGCAGGGCACGGCUGGCCACGACACCAAGCUCUUCACGGCCUCCAAGUACAAAUUCAAGUUUCUCCUGUCGAAGGACGGGAUGCCGGUGGCGCAGAUCCAUAGAGUCUAGCGUGGCCACGUCAUCUCUUGUCCGGGUGCGGCACAAUCCGGCAAACCCUGGGCAAUUGCAUUCCACGCGUGGUCUUUCCUUCCGGUGGGGGCGCGCGCAGAGGAAGCCGGCCGAGCAGGGCGCACAAUUCCACGCAGAUCCAGGAGGCGCGCCCCCGGCGACCGCCUGUCGGGCGGUCCUGCGAGGCGGUGCGGACCCUCGGACAGCAGAGCCGCUGUUCUCUUCAUUCGCGCCCGCGGCUCGUCCUGGAAAGGCGCCAGCUGCUCGAAGGAGAAAGAACUGCAUAGCAGUAAACGUUCGAAAAGGCACCAGCUGCUCUGCGAGACCAGGUGAGCGAUACCUGCCACAGUCGCUGAAGGAUCCAUCUUCCCCCCUGCAGUGACCGCGAAGCCCACUCGAUGCGGCGCACGAGCGCCUCAUCGCCCGCAUCGUUCAGAUCAUCCCGCUUGCCAUCGCAGGACCGCCUACCAUCCGAUUCGAUUCGCCGGCUAGGGCCGCGAUUCCGAUUGGAUCUGGUUCGGUUCCACGGCAUCGGCCAGGGCCAGCAGCCGGACCCAGGCGCAGCGAUUCGAUGUCGACCCG